GGCGACGCGCCGUUUGCCCUGUUGAUCUGAAUCGCGAGGCAGCUGUAAGUUACUGAGCGUCUCUGCUGUCUGUGAAAGUGCUGCUCUCUGAGGCGGAUGCGCGAGCAGGACUCCGGCGGGAAGAGAGCGGCACUGCGGACUAAAAGUUCGUUACACGGUUGAAAAAAGAGCAUGCCGCGCCUCUGAGAGAAAGACGAGCUUCUGAAGAGGUGAUCAAUACAACUGGCAUUCCACUGAGCUGUUUGGCUCCCCGCCGUGAUGGACAUGAAGGAGAGGCGUCACCGCUCUCUGACACGGGGCAGGUGCAGGAAGGAGCAGCACUAUGCCACAUCCUCGCUGGACACAGACGAGUGCUGCGUAGCCACCCAGAAAUCCUACAGCUCCAGCGAGACGCUCAAAGCCUAUGAGCAGGAUGCAGGACGGCUGCGCUACGGGGGCUGUGUGGCUGAGCUCGUACACCAUGAGACAGAGGAGUACGUCAGGCAAGGUCAAAACUUCACGUUGGCCGAGCUGGGUGUGUGUGAGCCUCCUCAGCAGCAGGGUGUGUGCUGCUCUGACCUGAGCCUGGUGCAGCGGAGCUACUCUCUGAGCACUGGCUCUGACGCCGACUCGGACCCUGAGGGUGUGAUGACGCCGGAGCGCGCCGUCCAGCUGUGGAGCGGCCAGGGUCUGAAGUCCUGCCGCAGCUCAGGCCUAUCCAGCCCUGACCACUCAGCAUUGACCCUCACCGACUCUGAGAACGAGCACAAGACUGAUGACGAGUCAGCGUGGCAGCUGCAGCCUUGGGAAUAUGCCGGUAUUGCCAGUGUUCAAUACCAUCAGUAUGACAGUGAGACAGAGUGUUAUGCAUCGUAA